UUCCAUCUCCGCCUGUAUACGUUGCAACACGACAAGUCCCAUAAUGGCUUUCCUCCCACGUCUCCUCAUAUCGUCCACCUCGCUCGCCACAGUCGUCGGCCUCUAUCUCCUCUUCACAGGGCAAGGCGAGGCGUUCAAUGUCGGCAACUUUCUCGCAGAGUCGUCGCCGUAUGCGUGGGCGCUUGUCGGCGUGGGGCUGUGUAUCGGUCUGAGCGUAUCUGGCGCCGCAUGGGGUAUCUUUGUGACGGGUGCGUCCAUCUUGGGCGGCGGUGUGCGAGCACCAAGGAUCAGGACCAAGAACUUGAUUUCCAUCAUCUUCUGCGAGGUUGUCGCCAUCUAUGGUGUGAUCAUGGCGAUUGUAUUCUCAUCCAAAAUCAAUGGAGACGUUCCGAAUAUCUAUACAGCCAACAACUAUUACACCGGCUUUGCGCUCUUCUGGGGCGGUCUCGCUGUGGGAGUGUGCAACCUUCUCUGUGGCGUGUCGGUGGGUAUCACCGGGUCGACUGCUGCGGUAGCGGACGCGGCGGAUCCUCAGCUGUUUGUCAAGAUUCUUAUUGUCGAGAUCUUUGGGUCUGUUCUUGGUUUGUUCGGGCUUAUUGUUGGCCUCCUCAUCUCCGGCAAGGCCGAAGAGUUUGCGUAAAUCUAGACAACGUUAUUACAAUGCAUUAUUAUUUCGAUAUGUCUACAAGUGCCGCUUGGCGAUGCUCUUCA